UCCUGGCGCCAAGCGGGGAGGUGUGUUAGAAUCAUGGCUGCUGCCAACGCUUGGGACCCGGCUUCCGCGCCUAACUCCGCAGGGCUACUGUUGGGCCACUUCGUGGCUUCAGGGUUGGUCACUCAGGAGAUGUUAAAUAUAUCUAAGAGAACAGCUCCUUGCUUUGAGAAAUUCUCCAGACUACAACAGAUCACAAAUAUUCAAGCUGAAAUCUAUCAGAAAAGCCUGGAAAUUGAACUUCUGAAACUAGAAAAAGAUGCAGCAGAUGUUGUUCAUCCUUUCUAUUUGUGUAAGUGGUUUGUUUAAGUGGGUAAUCAUCUGGAAGCUGUGCUGAAAGAAAAGAGGUCCCUCAGGCAAAGACUGUUGAAACCCAUGUGCCAGGAAAACUUACCUUUGGAGGCUUUUUAUCACAGAUAUAUGGUACAUUUGCUGGAGUUGGCUGUGUCUUUCAUUGAGAGAUUGGAAACCCAUCUUGAAACAAUUAGAAAUAUCCCUCAUUUAGAUGCAAAUCUAAAGAAAAUGAGCAAGGCUUUAACCAAGAUGGAUGUUUUGGUGACUGAGACAGAAGAACUGGCAGAGAAUAUACUUAAGUGGCGAGAACAACAAAAGGAGAUUUCUUCUUGUAUCCCCAAAAUAUUAGCUGAAGAGUUCCUUCAAAAAUAUGAUAUUAUAAUUUCUCCUUUACCUUUUACUUCUAAAGGUCAUGUCCAAACAACUAAUAUCAAGUGAUCAUCAAUUUUAUUUUCCCUAAUUAUGUAUAGUCAUAUACAGUCCAUUUCUAGUUGAUUGUGACUUGAUAUUUUAAGGCUUUGCUGCUAGCACUACUGAAACUGCCCGCAGUAUAUUGGAGUACCAAAAUUUCAAGUUCAUUAGGACCUGACUUCUUUCUGAUUAAAAGACUCAAAAACCAAGUUUUAUUWGGAAACUUAUUCAAAYAAGAGACUGUUUUAAAAAGACAGAUUUAGGGGCUGGGGUUGUGGCUCAGCUCUACCGCUGAGCCUGUGUUCGAUCCU